AUGAAGCUGCUGAGUGCUGUGUUGCUGGCUGUCAGCCUGCUCCUCACUGCUGCCCAUGCAGAGCAGCCUCCCUGGCCAGAGGAGCCUUCCCGGACCUGCAUCUUCCAGAUGCUCAGCAGUGUGGACAGGGAGUUCUGCAGGGGGGAUUUGGAGAUCAUCUACCCAGAGCUGGGGGAUGUGGGAUGCACCUACAUCCCCAAGUGCCACCGGUACCGGCAGCGGCUGAGCCGGGAGUGGAGCAGCCCCAGGGUGAGAUACCCUCGGGCUGACAAG